UGAGAAGGCUUCUACUCUCUGCAGUGAGAAGGCUCCUACCCUCUGCAGUGAGAAGGCUCCUACCCUCUGCAGUGAGAAGGCUCCUGCCCUCUGCAGUGAGAAGGCUUCUACCCCCUGCAGUGAGAAGGCUCCUACCCUCUGCAGUGAGAAGGCUCCUACCCUCUGCAGUGAGAAGGCUCCUACACUCUGCAGUGACAGGGCUCCCACCCUCUGCAGUGAGAAGGCUCCUACCCUCUGCAGUGUGAAGGCUCCUACCCUCUGCAGUGAGAAGGCUCCUACCCUCUGCAGUGAGAAGGCUCCUACCCUCUGCAGUGAGAAGGCUCCUACCCUCUGCAGUGAGAAGGCUCCUACCCUCUGCAGUGACAGGGCUCCCACCCUCUGCAGUGAGAAGGCUCCUACCCUCUGCAGUGUGAAGGCUCCUACCCUCUGCAGUGAGAAGGCUCCUACUCUCUGCAAUGAGAAGGGAUUGACCCUGAUUCCCCCCUCCAACUCCAACUCCUCACCCACAUCCUGCCCCCUCACCCACCUCCACCCCAUCACCCACCACCCCCCUCCCUCCACCCUCAGACUACUCAUCCUGCCUGAUGAACAGAUGGAUGGAUGA